GCUUACAAUUUGAGUCUCAUGAGAGCCAGAAUAUGGUCUAACCUUUUGGCAACGCACUGCUGCUGCUCUCUCUGUAAGGUGCCAACUUGACCUGCAGACUCUCAAUUAGGAUUCAGCAGAAGAGGACACUCACUUUGUUGGAAAGUCAUGAUCCCCUCACUACAUUGGCUCCUGCUACUGUGGGGACUCCAAGGUCUUUGGGCACAGGACUAUGAAGAAGACUAUGAAGAAGAAGUGGUGACCACCAGGAAAAAGAGCAGCAAACAAUUUCCAUCCAAUUCCAUACCACAAAACAGCAAAUCACUUAUUGAUGAAGAUUGCAGUUUGGAGUUGGCCUUUCUGAUCGACAGCUCAGAAAGUGCCAAGGAAAACCAUGCCCAGGAGAAGCGGUUUGCCACAGAUGUGAUGGACCGGCUGCAGGGCCUCAGGCUGCAGACUGGCCGGGGGCUCAGCUCCCGUGCGGCCCUCCUUCAGUAUAGCAGCCAUGUCAUCAUAGAGCAGACCUUCAAACAGUGGAGAGGCUCUGACGACUUCAAAGCUCGUAUCGCUCCCAUUGCAUAUAUCGGCCAUGGCACCUACACCACCUAUGCCAUCACCAACCUCACCCGUAUUUACCUGGAGGAGUCGGCUACCAGCAGCAUCAAGAUUGCCAUUCUACUCUUCGACGGCAUCUCACACCCCAGGAACCCGGACAUAUUUUCAGCUGUGGCUGAUGCCAAGAACCAGGGCGUCCGCUUCUUCACCAUAGGCAUCACACCUGAAGCCAACGAGCCCGCCAAUAUAGCUCAGCUGCGGCUAAUUGCUAGCUCCCCAGCCUCACGAUACCUUCACAACCUGCAGGAUAGAGGCAUUGUUGAAAAAGUCAUCAAGGAGAUAACGGUGCUGGCAGAUGAAGGGUGUCCUCUGGCCCAGAGCAAGUGUGUAUGUGAAAAGGGUGAGAGAGGACCCAUCGGCCCUCCUGGCAAGAAGGGACGAUCUGGAGAAGAUGGAAGCCCCGGCCCAAAAGGACACAAGGGUGAAAGCGGACUGAGUGGACUUCCGGGUCGGGAUGGAGCAGAGGGAAAACCGGGAUACAAAGGAGAGAAGGGGGAGCGAGGGGAGUGUGGCACACCUGGAAUUAAGGGAGACAGAGGUCCUGAAGGUACUAUUGGUCCAAGAGGAAAUCGUGGAUUACAGGGUUUGCCUGGUCCACUUGGCGAUAUCGGGCCUGAAGGUCCAAUGGGUAGAAAAGGGGAAAGGGGACUUCCAGGGCCACCUGGAAUUCAAGGGGAAACAGGAAUUGGCCUUCCGGGACCCAAGGGUGAUGUCGGCAUCCAGGGUCAGCCAGGACCUCCUGGUCCUCAGGGAAUUGGCGAGCCUGGACUACCGGGGCCUCAAGGGCCACAGGGAGUCCAAGGAGAGAGAGGACCAUUAGGAGAAGGUCUGCCUGGACCAAAGGGAGAGCGAGGCUUGGAUGGACCGCGGGGGCCCAGAGGACAGCCGGGCAUUGGAAUCAAAGGAGACAAGGGGGAUUUUGGCCCUCCAGGUCUUCCAGGGCCCAUCGGCCUCCCAGGAGUAGGCAUACAGGGCGAGAAGGGCAUGGAAGGACCCAGGGGGCCAUUAGGAAGCAGGGGCCCACCAGGAGAGGGCAUGCCUGGACCAAAGGGGGAUCAAGGUUUACCGGGAGAGGUUGGUGCCCCAGGAGAGAGAGGGGCUGGAGAACCCGGAGCUAAGGGUGAGCCAGGAUCAACAGGAAUGCCCGGUUUGCCAGGCCUGCCAGGGGAAGAUGGAGCGCCAGGACAGAAAGGUGAACCAGGACCUGUAGGGGUCCGGGGGCUAGAGGGGACACCUGGAAUUGGCACACAGGGUGAAAAGGGCGACCAAGGCCAGAGAGGAGUAAGAGGCUUGACUGGUCCACCUGGCAUUGCAGGGCCCUCAGGACCAAAGGGAGAACCAGGGGCACCGGGCAGGCAGGGUCCAUCUGGUUCACCAGGCCGUUUCGUCACAGGGCCCAAGGGUGAUGUUGGCCCAAGUGGUCCUCCUGGUCCAAUUGGGGAGACUGGCUAUGGACUUCCUGGUCCAAAGGGUAACCGUGGAGAUCAAGGCCCUGCAGGUCCAGUUGGUCCCAAAGGAGACGGCUAUCCUGGCCCCACAGGCCCUCCUGGUCUGCCUGGACUUCCAGGAGAACCCGGGCUUGAGGGAGCGGGCAUCCCUGGACCGAAGGGGGAUAUUGGUUUCCGAGGGCUGCCUGGUUUACCAGGACCUCCAGGCGAAGGCCUCCAAGGACCUCCGGGUAACACUGGACGGCCAGGCCCUCCAGGGCCAGCAGGGCCACCCGGUCAAGGAAUUCAAGGACCAAAGGGUGAACAGGGUGCACAGGGCGUGACCGGGCCAAGAGGGCUACCUGGAGAAGGUUUUCCCGGAGCGAAAGGUGACCGUGGCUCAGCAGGGGAGAGAGGCCUGAAGGGAAUCAAAGGAGAUAUGGGAGACCCUGGAACCUCAGGCCAGCCUGGACGACCUGGGGUCAAAGGUGAAGCAGGCCUCACUAGAGAGGACAUCAUUCGAAUGAUCAAAGAGAUCUGCGGAUGUGGGAUCAAGUGUAAGGAGAGGCCUAUGGAGCUGGUGUUUGUCAUUGACAGCUCAGAGAGUGUGGGCCCAGAGAACUAUGAGAUCAUCAAGGACUUUGUGAACGCUCUUGUGGACCGUGUCACAGUGGGCCGUAAUGCCACCAGGAUUGGCCUGGUCUUGUACAGCCUGGAGGUGAAGCUUGUGUUCAACUUGGCACGCUACACCACCAAACAGGAUAUCAAGCAGGCCAUCAGGAACAUCCCAUACAUGGGGGAAGGCACCUAUACCGGCACAGCCAUCCGUAAAGCUACCCAGGAGGCCUUCUACAGCUCACGCGUGGGAGUUAGCAAAGUGGCCAUCGUGAUUACUGAUGGGCAGACGGACAAGCGAGAGCCAGUUAAGCUGGAUAUAGCGGUCAGAGAAGCACAUGCUGCCAAUAUCGAGAUGUUUGCCCUGGGGAUUGUGAACACCUCAGACCCAACACAGGCUGAGUUCUUGAGAGAGCUGAAUCUGAUCGCCUCUGACCCAGAUGAUGAGCACAUGUUCCUCAUUGAUGACUUCAACACGCUGCCAGCUCUGGAAUCCAAGUUGGUCAGCCAGUUCUGUGAGGACGAGAAUGGAGCCCUGAUAUAUAACAGAAUAACGAACGGCUACAACGGCAAUAGGAAUGGCAACAAUGGCAACUAUGCCAUUGGUGGCUAUGGCUACCGGCCCGUGACUGAGAAGCACAUCCUGAAUGGUGGCCAGACUGGCACCAACACUGGUGCCGGCACUCACCACAACCGAGGCUGGGUAGAGACCACCGAACAUGGCAGCAAAGGAUCCAGCGCAGUACAUGGUGGAGGAGGGCAGCGUGGGAUCGCUGAGACAACAACCUGGGGAACCGAGCGCGGGGACACGUUUAAUCGCCACACCUCAGAUGUCGGACCUGUUCCUUCUUCCAGAGAAGGCUCCUCCAGUUCCCGAGGCUCCUCCUCAUCUUCAUCUUCAUCUUCUUCUUCCACAAAUGUAACCGUAUCAUCCUCAGGUGUUUCCGUACAGCGUGUGCCUGCACUACGGCCAGCUCUACCCAAAGAGACUGUACCUUUGGACCCUCGCUGUGGCCUGGUUCUGGACCAGGGCACAUGUCGGGACUAUAACAUCCGCUGGUACUAUGACAAGCAGGCCAAUGCCUGUGCCCAGUUCUGGUACGGGGGCUGUAACGGCAACAAGAAUCGUUUUGACACAGAGGAGGAGUGCAAGAGGACGUGUGUGAUCAGCAGAUCAACAGGAGGCUGAGUGAAUGCAUCUGCCACACAUCUGUUGUAGAUACUGCAAGGAGGGGCAGCUUGUACCAGCCAUUUUCACAGGGUUAUGUAAAGUUUCUGCGUAAUUCUCAGGCAUACACAUGUACACUGAUGUAUACAUGCACACAUUUCAGUUCCCGUCUUUGUGGCCCCUCCUGUAGCAUUUAUUGUAAAAUUAUGCUCUUAAUUACAGUGAAAGAGAGCCUAGCUUUGAUAGAUACCUCCGUUGUUGUUGUUUGUUUUUAUAUCAGCCUCCUAACACAGAUACGCCAUCUACUCAGGAAUAGAGAUGAUCACUCUCACUGUGUGUGUCCAGCUCCCUGAUGAUUCCAACACCUAUGAGACAUGAUCAUUUUUCUCAAACACAGUCUGUGAAUGCUGCAAAGAUUGUGAAUAAAGGACCAUUUGCUCAACGUGACCAGUAAUAACUCCGGUGCCUCGUCAACGUCAGAACCGUAAAGCACCACAAUCAGUCAAUAUGCCACAAAGACACGGCGUAGCUAUAAAUUUCUCUAUUCAGACAGUCACUGCAGGGUAUAUUAGUGCAUAAUCAUGAGAGCCAAAAACACACGGCAGAAAUGAAACCUCUCGUCACUUAUAUCAAUAAAAUAUUUUAAUUGUUUAGUUUUCAUAUAAAAAUGACUGAUGCUUUUUCAUGCUUCCUGCAAUAUUUUUAUGCAUUUGAAUGUGGUUUUUUUUGUUUGUUUGUUUUUUUGUUUUUUGUUUUUUUAGAGUUUCUGGAUGAAAAUGUGAUGUUCUGUGUUUACAUUGUUUUUGUUCUUACCACUAAUUGUCUACAUUUGUCCAAGCAGUCAUCUUACAACAAAACACUGAUGGACAGACACACAUAAACACACACUGCCCUCUACUGGGUAACACACACCGUUGUCACUGAAGUUGUAAUACACAACAUGGCUACAAGAGCAGAAUUUACUUCCUUCCAUUUUUUGCAAAUCCACCAUGUACGAUAUGGUCAACGUUUGAUGUCAGACAUUUUUAAUAAAUCUAAAGCGAUACAGUUUAUGCAAAGGCAUCAUUUUCAUGCUAAAGGACUGUCUGAAAGUUAUUUGGAAGGGUUGGGGAUGGGGAACAGAAAGAAUAAAUGUGGAUCAUGUUUUGCGCGUACGUUUUCGUUCUGUUGGCAAUUUGACAAACUGUAAGAAGACAUUUCAUUUAUACAUACAUUAUUUCUGUUUUGUCUCUUGAAUUAUUAAAGGAGCUGGCUCAACUCAA